AUGUUCACCAUUAAAGAAGAACCAAAUGAUGAUUAUUUUCAAAAUUCUUAUGAUUCAAAUCCACUGGGAGACGUAAAUGAUCCACCUACAGUUUAUAUAGACAAUGGGAUCAAGCAUGAAGUUAAUAUUUCAUCGGAAGAAUCACCAAAGGAUAUGGACUUGAGCUCAAAACCCAAAACUAGAUGUCAUAAAAAAAGUUUAUACAGGGCACUAAAUUUCUACAAAAUAUAUCAUACACCAAAAAAAUUGAUGAAACAGAAAACACUGAAAUUGGAAGCCAUAAUAAGAUUGACAGAAAAACCAAUGAUUGCGUUGUUUUCACAAAUGUCAUCAAAUGAAUUAAAGAAAAGUUAUGUCUACACCUGCUGUCUCAUUCCCACCAAAUGUUCAGCGAGCUUUUCAAGCUACGGAAAUGAGAACAAAGCUCGAAAACAAAUGUAUGAGCAUUUACAAGGCCACCUCGUUGAACUCUUAGACAAGAAAAGAGCUGAUCCAACUUUUGUUUUCAUGGCUGAUGUUGUUCAGAAAAAUUUAUCUUUAGGAGAAUCAUCUGGAAGAAAACAAGAAGAAAAAACAAAAGUAAACAAAAGAAAUUGUAACACCUUUGGGACAACGAACACCAGCGAUGAUAAUAAUGUGGCCUUUCAAAUGUCAGAAAUAAAGUUGGAAGAACUUGAUUCCAAUGACAGUGAUCAAGACUUCCUAGGUUCCCACAAUGAAGUAAACACCGACAACGAUAAGUCUAUGAGCAGCAAGUUGUACAUGAAUGUUUCAAAGACCAAAUCUCUAAAUAUUUUGAAAAACUCAAGGCACCGACCUUCAAUUUUGUCUAAAAAAACGGAAGUACCUCAUGAAGCAGCAGUUCAUAAAAAAUUUGAGAGUCGAGACAAGCACGUGUGUUUAAUAAAGGACCACCCCUGGUGCACUGAUCACUCCUAUGACUUCAAACAUAGAGGUUCUAAUAAGGACAAGACAGACAAUGAAAGCCACAAAUCAAAACAAGAUACUCCACUGCAUCGAGUUAAUUUCCCAGUAGAGAACAACUUAAAUCAGCUCAAACUCAUUCUACCCAUUGUCAAGAUGUUGUUGAAUGACCUGCCCGACCAUCUCGGAUGUCUGCCCAACAAUGUGUUUGAAGUUUGUUCCGAUGAAGAUGACGUUGAACUACCAAGCAUCAAACUUGGCAAACCCCCACCAACUCUGCUCUCUGGACCUCUUCGAAACAGAAUGAACCACACUGGCAUGUUAGCAACCUUGAACACUGAAGCCUAUCAAACGGUUAUGGCGAACGAUAUAAAUAAAGAGGAGGUUGAACGCCUCGAAGCUCAAACAACUUCGUUGUCUGAUCUGGAAAUCAAGCGUCUCACUACGUACUACCUGAACGAGUUAAGAAACAAAAAGAGAGAGGACUCUGAGAUGAGCUUGACUUGCAAGAUCUGCAGGAUCAAGCAAUUCACUCAUGCUCAUGCUGGCAUAAAGCCGUAUGUAUGUUACCGCUGUGAGAAAACAUUCACGAGGCAGCACAGCACUUGCUCACACACGACAACAUCAAUUGAUUCAAGUGUGAAUAUUGCGAUCGAAUGUUCAGACAUCCCAGAACAUCGCCGAAGUCACACUGGGGAAACCCCGUUCCACUGCACCGACUGUCCUCUGAAGUUCAAAACUAAUAACACUUACAAACGUCACAUGAGGACAAAGCAUGACAAGAUAGUCGCUAGUUCCUUCACUUCAAAAAUCAACAACUUUUUAAAACUAAUCACCAUCACGAUGUCAUUUCUACCAGUAAUAGUAAUAAUAAUGAAAUGGAUACCAACAGCGAUGGUUGAGUUGGUUAACAACGAGAGUCUCAUUUUGACCUCACCCAAUCAGCAAGCUGUCAAAAAACUUUUAUCCAAAAACUACAAGGUGAUAGUCGUAGCACCAAAAAUCAAUCCAGGAGUACAGUUGAUUUCACUGUUAAAGAGGAACCAGUCAACAAAGAUUAUGUUGACAAUAGCUAAAAUUUUGUAGCAGCUUUCUGAUAUUAAGCUAGGUACUGUUGCAUUCACACUUAAUUAUGACAGCAAAAUUCAAUAUAAAUUUAUUAUUCAACUUUAUUCAAAUUUAUUUUUGGACAACCGAUUAUUUAUAUAAUUUAUUGUGUACUAUAAUUAUUUUAGCUAGAUAGCCAGAUUUAAAUUUAUUUUUUGGCAUUUUCUUUUUCGUUUGAAUAACUUAUUUUGGUUAUUCCCACUUUAUAUAUUCCAUUGUUUAUAUAUUCCAUUGUUUAUAUAUUCCAUUCCAUUAUUUCCACUGUUAUAUUAAAAUUGCAUGAAUUUAUUUUGCCAACGUUCAUUCAAGUUGAAAUACAUUUGCAAUAGCC